AAAGCUCAGUCAGUCUUAUCUUAUUGUUGUACGGAUACAGUACGAUACAUGUAGUUUGGACGGGAAAAGUUAGCACUUUCAAGCGCCUACCGACAUGAUUGAAUUUUUAAUGAAAAAAUGGAAAAGGAGUAACAUGGCAGAGUUCAUUUUAUAACCAAGCAGAGAAAAAUCAUGUCUGGUUCUGAAGAGUGGAAAGAAAGCACAGCUAGAUGCCUGCAGAAUGGUAUCUACAAAAGUUACACAGCUGGUCUGUAUACAGAUGUUGAAAUUCAGGUGGAGAAGAAAACUUUUAAAUGUCACAAAGUGAUUUUGUCAGCAUUCUCUGAUUACUUCCAUGCCAUGUUUUCUAGUGGUAUGAAAGAAUGUCAGAACAAUGUUGUCUGCAUUAAAGACAUCAGCUCUGUGAUCUUUGAAAAUGUUCUAUCAUUCGCAUAUUCUGGUGAAGAUUGUGUUACAAUAGACAAUGCUGAGGAUCUGCUUCGAGCAUCGGUACUGUUGCAAAUACAGUGUCUUCAAGAGAGAUGUGAAAGUUUUCUACUGGAGCAGACAACUGCAGAGAACUGUAUAGGAAUCUGGAGACUGGCUCAGAGUCUGAGCUGUGAACAACUUAAAGAAACGUCAUGGGAGUUUAUACUCAAAGAAUUUGAAAUAAUUUCGCAACUUGAUGAAUUUCUAGCACUAGAAAAAGAAGAACUUAUUUCAAUUAUAUCAAAUGACAGUCUGACUGUGUCAAAUGAAGAGAAUGUGUGUGAUGCAGUAUUUCGCUGGCUUGAGAAAGACGAGGAAAGGAUCUCCUACCUGGCCGACGUGUUUGAUCAACUACGGCUUCAGCAAGUUAGCCUGCAGUACCUGCUGGAGAAGGUAGACUUUAACCCGGCUGUGAGAAACAACUCUACCUGUACUGGUCUUGUAAAACAAGCUUUAGAUUACCAUCUCUAUCCUGAAAGAAGAGAGCUUUAUAAUAUACCACUAAGAUCUGGAACAAAAAUGGAGGUUAUUGUACUGAUUGGGAAAACUCCACAGGGUCGUGAGCAGAAACUGAUAGAGGUGUACUGCUACAGUCCAACUGAGCGAAAGUGGUACACGAUGCCCACAUUGCCAAGCAACAUAGGUCGUUACUUUUCAUGUUGUGUCUAUGGCGACUACAUCUACGUCUCUGGUGGAACUGAGAGACCUAUUGCCUGUCUGAAGCUGCAUAUCGGGCGACGUGACUGGAUCCACUGUAGAUCAAUGAACUUUGGGCGCCUACGACAUGCAAUGGUUGCCGAAAGAAAUGCAGUGUAUGUCGUUGGAGGUUUCGAUCCAAUCACUGACGUUACAUACCACAGUAUAGAGAAGUAUGACAUAGCACAAGAAACCUGGAAGGAGGUUGGUGAACUUACCUGUGCUGUCGAUGCCCUGUCAGCAGCUGCCUAUAAAGGCAAGAUUUUUGUGUUUGGAGGUUGGUUAAAGGACUGUGAUCACGCUGCAUGUGUACAAUGUUUCGACACAACAACAAAUGAAUGUACAAUCAUUGACUGCCUCCCUGAGCCAGCUAAAUUCUCCCGCUGUGUUCAGGAUAUAGAUGGAAAUGUAUUUAUUAUGUACCCAACUGGCGAGGUCAUCAGAUAUAACACGGAUACAAAAGAAGUCGAGAGGUAUGCAAAAAUAUCAGGAUUCAAACGUUACAACUUCGGACUAACUCUCUUUCACAAUAAACUGUUUGCAUUUGGCGGGGAGAGUGAUGACCCUACAGUGGAGGAAGGGACUGAACUCUGUAGAAAUUUGUUUGAGCUUGAUUUGACAUCAAGAACAUCAAAGAUGUACUCAGAUCUGAUGCCAAACCCUUUUGAGUCCUAUGGGUCUGUUAGAGUUGUAGUCAACAGAGAUUUUCUGAUAGCAUACAAAAAAGACAAUGGACCAAAACAGUAAUCAAGUUAAACAGGUGUUAAUGUUCCAUAUAACAUGAACAUUAUAAUGUAAUCCAUUUGUGCCGCUUGUGACAAGUGUUCAUUUGUAGCUAAAUAGAAUUCUGUUUAAAAAAAUCACAUAUCAGGAUACCACAAAAAAAAAAUACACCACAUUUACUCGCUUUAAUACAAGAUGACGUUAUAAAAGAGUGUGCAAAAUAAUGCUGAUUUUUAAGUAAAUAAAGGGACUGCUAUAAAAAUUUUUAUCCGUUAUUCUAAUAUAUAUGCCUGUUUCUAUUAAAACAUGCUUACACUUAAAUGAUGUCACAUUAACAUGCGUUGACACCAAUGUCUUUGUUGCGACCAAGAAAGAACGCUACUAUAUUUUUGCUUAUGUUUUAGAUAAAGGGCAUAUUAGAAUCGAGAUCAUGUAAAGAAAAAUUGUGUUUUACUUAAAUUAAUACACUCAAAAUCGGGUAUAUGGAUUUGCAGGCUGAUCAUGAUCUACACUGGUUUCAAAAGGCAGAAUCAGUUGUGUUCAGCAUGUUAAGGGUUGAGAAUUUGCAAUCAUAAAAUAUUAGAUUUUGUUUUGAUUUUAGAACAUGAUGCAGAUUGACAUAAAUGUUUUCAAUGUGGCAUUUUUCGCAAAAGUAAAACCACCGUGAAUAUUUCUUUUUUAUCUAUAGUAAAUUUCAUUAGGUAUUUAAUUUUGAUGUUUUUUCCCACUUUAUAUUGUUGGAUACAAUAUAUUUAAAUUCACAUGUGGUGUAUCAGUUUCAUUCGAGCCGCGCCAUGAGAAAACCAACAUAGUGCGAUUGCGACCAGCAUGGAUCCAGAUCAGCCUGCACAUCCGUGCAGUCUGGUCAGGAGGUCAGGAUCCAUGCUGUUCGCUUUCAAAGCCUUUUGCAUUAGAGAAACUGUUAGCGAACAGCAUGGAUCCUGACCAGACUGCGCGGAUGUGCAGGCUGGUCUGGAUCCAUGCUGGUUGCAAAUGCACUAUGUUGGUUUUCUUAUGGUGUGGCUCAUUUCAAUUUUGUGUUGCACUUAGAAUAUGUCACAUUGGAAUGAAACAUAAUUAUUUCAUUUCUGAAAGUAAGUAGUUAAUUAUGAUCAUCAGGAAUAGGAUUAUGUUCUUUCAAAUGAGUGAAAAACUGGGUAGUAUGUUCCCAAAUAAAUUCCUCAGGGGCAUUGCAUUUUGCAAAAGGAUUGAGAGUAGGGGGAUGGGAGCAUUUCAUUAGGGACAAACCACCUACAAAAAAGUGUGAAUAUAACUUUAAGUUAAACUUUCAAUGAAUAAAUUUUAACAGUUGUUACCGAUUUUACGAUUAAUUAUAUUAUGGUAUUACCAAAAAAAUGUUAAGGGGUGGGGCUGUUGGGUCCUUUAUGAGGGAGAGUAAGCCAGUUUGAGGUAUCGUAAAUAUUUGAAAAGUGGUGUAUGAUUUUUAUGUAUAUAAAAGUCUGUAUAACAGAUAUGUUGUUUUUUGUACUACAAUAUAUUCAGGUUUGUGUUGUUUUUUGUUAUGUUACACAUUUUGCUAUUGACUUUUUUAUAGAUAUUUAUUUUACUGUAGACUGGUUAGAGUUAUACUGACCACACAGGUUUCAAAUUUUUGCCAUUUUACUUUAUAAACAGAUAUAGCUGCAGAAGAUAAUUCUUUAAAGAUGUCACAUGACAAUCUUACGGUAGUUAUUUUACACUUGCUGGUAAAAUACAAAACUGCUUGACAUCGGUAAACUCUUACUUUGGUCCAUGACUACAUUCAUAUGAUGUUUAAAGUAAAACAUUGAUUGCUGGAAGUCGCAAGGGGAUGAGCAAAACAUAUGAGUUAUCGAGGGUUUGGAGUGACUUGGACAGAAAAUAUAACAAAAACGGCUUGGAACCAUAGGAAUUGCAGCGCUUGUGCUUGUGCUUGAGCCAUUGAUGCUUAAAUGAGUGGUCAUUCAUGUAUAUAAGCAAACUUUUUCUAAGGAGUCUUUAUUUAUACACUUAACAAAUCUUUUUAAGUUGUUUUAAUUAUGCAUAAUAGGGCCCAUUAAAUGUUCACAUUUAGCCAUGAAAUGUCAUGCACUUGACAGAUCUUUUAAUGCAGAAUUUAGUUUUUUGCCUAUAUCUUUUUUCUUAAGUAUUAAAAUAAUGCAGUCACAUAAUUUUUAGUUAAAUACUUUACCAGAUUUUGAAAAAGUCACAGAAUACAAAUUCAUGAAUAAAUUGCAUUUUUAUGGUAAAUUGGAGUGAUCUCAGACAUGACAUGGAAGAUAAUGAUUCAAACUGAGACACUGUUAACGUCAGAAUACUUUGAGAGUUGGGUAUUUCAUUCAAAGACACUUGAAAGUAUCAGUUAAAUGUGCGCCUGUGUACUAUUAUGUUUUACAUGUAUUCAGGAUGGGAUUUCACUUCUUUUGUUAUUUUCCAUCAGAGAUACUUUUUAAACUUUGUACAUCACGCUAUGAAAAUAAAAAGAUAUUUACAAUAGUAAAGGAAUAUGUAUGAGAAUAGCUUUAAAUGAGUGAAUUUUUAUUAAAUGGACAUAAAGGUGUAGAUACUUUUCUCAGGAAAAUAUGCCAAUAUGCUCACAAUAAUCAUUUCUUUCCAGCCUUGACAAAACAAAUGAUGGGGGUUUGUUCUUGUGGUAAUUUCAAGGUUACUUGUUUAAAAGAUAUAAUACAUGUACAUUCAGUUUGAUGUAUUUUUGUGACUUUUGAAAAAAAUAGGUGUGGAUGUAAAUUGAGUAAAAUUACAAGAUGAUUUAAAUUCUUCAGUGGAAAUUUCUUGUCACAUUAGCAGUCUAAUAUUGUUUAAAAGUACACCAAAUUUCAGAAAUGUGAUUCAAAAUGUAAUGUUAUCAAGAUAUUUACAAAAAGCUAAGUGUUGCAUAUAAAAAUUUUCUUUUGUUUGGUUUGAUUUAACAUGACAUUUACACAAUUAUAGAUCAUUUGAUGGUGUAUGCCUUUUUCAGCAUUAUUCCAUUGUGGGUUGGCAGAUGUGUAGAGCUACUUACCUCCCCUAAACAAACUAGAUAUCUUUUUCACAUGAAAUAAUUUAUGCCCGCAGUAAGUUUGCAACCUGCAGUGGUGAGGGGCAAGUGAUUUGAAGUCAGCAACCUUAACUUCUGGGUCCGAGCAGCCCCUAAGAAGAUUUGUUAAGUGUAGAUCAGAAUAAUAUAAUAAUUAUUCUUGUUCUGUCAGGACUUAAAAUUGUUAACCUAUAGACAUGUUAACAGUAUUUUUUAGUUUUUUAUGUAAUCACUUGCAUGCUGUUUCACUGACAAAACAUUGAAGUGUCGGUUGUUAAAUGUCUUUUUUGACAUGUGGUGACAUUCAUUUUCUGUGGCUGGUUUACAUAAUAUCUGUUUACAUCACUUGGGACUCUAUUUAGUAAUAAGCUGAUUGGAGAAAAACAUUUUCCAAAACUGUUUGUUAAAUAUUAAUUUACCAAAAUAUGGAAAAAGAUAAUUCCUGAAGUUCUUGUGUUGAUUUGGUAGUAAAAAUUUGUUACUGUAGCCAUCUGUAAUGAUAUAUUAGUUAAAAUACCAUGUUUGAAUAACUUUUAAGUAUUUAAAAGUAGUUUAUGUUUAUUUCUUUAUAAUUAAGUGAUAUAAAUUAUUUUUCAAGAGUUAAAAGAUGUGUUAUAUUUAUACCUUAAAGUAAUACUGGUAGUAAAAGUUGUGUACUCUAGGGUGUUUCGUAUAUGAAAAAUAAAUCAUUUUUACACAAUA